AACUGCAAGUUCAAGUGAAUCUAAUAACCACUUUACAACACAGUCAUCCCAUCAGUUUAUUGCAAUGGAAGCCUCUCAAACUUCCCUGCAAACCAAAGAACAAUAUGCAUCUAAUGACAAAUCCAACGUUCAAUGCACUAAAAUCCCAAUUGAUGUGUUGGCUAAAAAGAAGUUGACAGACUUCCCAAAAAAUGAAGGCAAAGCAAACCUAUCCGCCUCUGUUUUAAGUAAUAUUUUAAUGAAUAAGGACAAAAAUGAUGCAUACAACCUAACGUAUUCAAAGACUUCAUAUCGGUUAGUGAACGAAAAGUCAGCAGAAGUCGAUUCGGACAACGGAACUGACAAGAAUAAAUCCAUUAAAAAAACAGAUGUGGCUACUAUGGAUAUGAAUGAAAAGUCCUGUAACGACUGAUCUAAGAAAAUCUGAACCAAAUUUUAAAUGUUUAAGAAACAUUUUUUUUGGAUAUUAUAUUUAAAUUAAAUUG